UCCUUAAUGUCCGAAUUUGGUUAAAAAAAAGUUAAAAUUUUGUUGUUUGUUUUUACUUGUUCUUUAAAUUUGUAAUUUUACUUUAAUGAUAAGACAGUUGAGUUUUUUUUUAUCAACAAUAAUCCUUAAAUUUAUGUUUGUCGAGCUACUAAACAACAGAUGUGAAAAUGAAAGUAAAAUGCUGGGUUUGUGGGGGAAAACCAGACCAGAACAACACUUUUUAAUGUUCGUGUUGACGCCGAACUAAAGACUUGAGAGCUAAGAGAUCAGAAACAACCAUGACGGAUUUUUCUUCCAUUUGUAGACUGCUCUCCGUUGCCGCCUUCGUCCAAGCCUGCAGCAGCAGCAGCUGUCCUGUGAUGGAGUGCUGGCUUGUGCAGGAGAAAGUGGGUCGAGGAGGAGGUUUAACUGGAGCAACGACGCAGGAGAAAUCCCUUCUUCAUGUCAGAACUGAUGCACAGAGUCACACCGACUCCCAUCACGUUCCCUCUGACAUCAGCCCCAGCAGGGUCUACGUUAUCACAGACCCUGCAGCAACUCUCUGCCACCACUCUCUGAACCCCCCCAGAGGCUCCAUCCAGAAGCCCCAGUGUGAGAUCAACCCCUUCCUGCCGCAGCCCUCCAGCCUCAGAUGGGUCACGUCGCUGACAGAAUCAGCGCUCAGUCCCAUUUACCUGCAGGCUGACUGGUUCUCAGCUUCCUUCCAGGGCCUCGACGAGCAGCUGGGAGUUUCUGCGAUCACUCGAGCUCCGACAGGAACCAAAGACCAUGAUGUGGUCCUGAGCGUCACCAGUAAAACCAUGUCAGCGAGCUCCAGACUCGGGGAGCCGGUUACGCUGGACUGUGGCUUCUGGGCCGACCCCUCCUCCCCUCUGACUGCGACGGGUUUUGCCGUGGAGUGGCGGUACCAGACCAGAGGUGUCGGCCGACUUGUUCUGGCUUACGACGGGAAAACGGACCGUUUGGCUGAAACUCGGGAAGAAGGAGCCACUCUGGACUUUGAAGGUUUGCACACAAGAGGAAAUGCUUCUCUGAUCCUGCAGGAGGCUAAAGUCCGUCACUCAGGGACAUACAUCUGCACCGUUUACCUGCCGUACCUGCUGGCUCAGGUGGCCAUGGAGCUGGAGAUAGUAGAACCUCCGUCCCUCUCUCUCUACCCGUCCCCUCUGCCCCUCGCUGUUCCCGGUCAGACGAUAAGUUUCCAGUGUGAAGCCUCCGGCUUCGCCCCCCUCUCCCUGGAGCUGAGCUGGGAGUUUAAAGGUGCUGAUGGGAAGAGCAGAUCCCUGGGAACAGGCAGCAUGUCGGGCCACAAGCAGGCCUGGGACGGCACCUUCAGCCAGAGCUCCCGGCUGGAGCUGGACACGUCCAGACUGGACCUGGGACGCGGAGGGGAGGUCACCUGUGUGGCUGUCCAUCCGGGAGGAACACGGCGGGCCAGCGUGAGCCUCAACAUCAUCGGGUUCAGCUCUCCCUCCAUUGAGGACUCUAUGGCGAUGGUGGGCGUGGCUCUGGUUCUCUACGGACUCAUCAAGUUUGUGUCCUGGACCCUUACUGGAUCAGGCUCAGAUAAAACAGAUGGACAGGACAAGAAGCAGAAAUAAAGUUAACAGAAGACGACUGGAUUUAAGUUUUCCGUGACUUCUCUGCAGCUUUUCAGCUUAAAGCUCGGAUAAAUAUUCUGUUCCUUCAGCCAGCGUGGUGAUGAGUCUAAACGUGGAUCAGCUGGAUUUUUCACUGUUUUGUGUUGCAGAUGAAUCCGGGAGAAUUCCCUGGAAUUAUCCUGUUUUAUGUAAAUACCGACGUGACGGUUUCACGUUAAAAGUGACAAAGCUCUUUUAUAAAUAAAAUUAUCUUUUAUUUAAUGAUUUUGUUACAAAUUGAAAAAACUUCUUAGAAGCUUUUAUUAAAGAGCAAGUCACCCCCUACCAGAGCAUUGCUCCACUCCCACUUCCUGUUUGAAAAAUGCAACAAAUGCUGUUGCCUAGCAGACCGAGAGGGCGGAGCCACUAAUAAAAUACACACACAGGCUCACAAUGACAUUGUGACAUCAUAUGGUACCAGCUAACAUUCUUGGAUACCUCUUUGCCAAUAGUGAUGGCAGAUUUAAAUUCAAAUGCAGUGCAGAGUUUUUACCUGACAACGGCACAACACUGAUGGUUUUAGGCAGAAAAUUAAAAUUUGAACUAAAAUGCACUAAAGUGCAAAUUUAUUGACUACACGUGUCUGCAGCAUGAUUAGACACGCAUUUAUAUAGUUUAUCAGGGAAAAAAAGUUGAUUUGGGGGUGACUUGCUCUUUAAGUUUAAAAUAAUGUAGUUUUUAAUAUCAUUUUCAUUUUAAACAUGUUAAAACGAUUUAAUUAUUAUUUUUGUUCUGAACUUAAUACCAGAAAAAAAUAUUUAUUUGGACAAGAAAUCUCAUUUUAUUGGAGACAGUAAAAUUAAUUUAAAAUUCUCCAUAACUUCUAAUGAAAUGUGACUUUUGUAAGUCUGAAAAGUCUUUUGUGUAUAAUUCUGCAUAGUUAUGAGUCAGGGGUUGUGUUGGUGGAAACUUCACUAAAAUAAAGACUUUUAUGGGGAACAAG